AUGGUGUUACUUUUGAGAACUCAAAGGUAUUCCCCCACUCCCCCCACCGUCUCCCUCCCCGGACCACACAUGCCGCUAGCUGCUCCCGACCACAGCGUGCGUUGGUCGGAGGACCGCACUCGCCGCCAGCCCCCUCCCCCCACAGCAGUGCUCAUUCACGGCAUCCUGGGCAGUGGCAAGAACUGGGGCUCCUUUGCCAGAAGGCUUGCUACAGAGUUCCCCGCCUGGCAGUUCCUGUGUGUGGAUCUGCGUUGCCACGGGGCGUCCACAGCAGCAUCGAAGCACCUGGGGCCACAUUCAGUGCACUCUGCAGCCAAGGACGUGCUGCACCUGAUGGGUUGUCUCCGCAUCACUCCCCGCAUUCUCAUUGGCCACAGUUUCGGCGGCAAAGUGGCUUUAAGCAUGAUAGACCAAGCAGCCAAGCCCAUGCCCAGCGCUAUCAAGGUGUGGGUGUUGGACGCUACACCGGGCAAAGUGAGGGCAGGGGGCGACGGGGAGGAUCAUCCUGCUGACCUGAUCGACGCACUCAGAGGCAUGCCGCCACUGAUAUUGGAUCGCAGCGAGGUGGUGAGCUCUCUCCUCUCACAAGGCUUCUCCAAGCCCAUCGCGCAGUGGAUGACCACCAACCUGUCCAAGACGCACCUGCCCUCACUAGGCCUGCUUCAGGACCUGCCUCCUUCACAGCAGCACCUGCAUGAGGAGGCGGCGAGGGCGGCGAGCAGGGGGCAGGCGGCAUAUGGGUGGACUUUUGACCUGGAGGGGAUUUCUCAGAUGUACUCCUCGUAUGAGACCACCAACCUGUGGCAUCUAGUGGAGGACGUGCCAGAGGGAGUGCACAUCAACUUCCUGCGGGCUGAGAGGUCGCUGCACCGGUGGGCACGGGAUGACAUUCGGCGGAUAGUGGGAGCGGAGCAGGAGGCAAUGGGGCAUGGCGCUGCUGUGAGGAUGCACGUGCUGGAAGACGCUGGGCACUGGGUCCACACCGACAACCCAGAUGGACUCUUCCAGAUGCUCGCACCUUCCUUCGGUCCCUCACGCUUUAGAGACCAUUAG